AUGCUAUCUCCAUUUGUAUCAAUACUGAUCGUCGUGGUCGUGCUCCUUUCGGGCCCAAACCCCGUCAUCGGCCAGAUUACCUCUAGUUUGCAGAGUAUCUUGAAGAACACACAUCACAGCAAGGAUUAUGGGUACCCGACCGAUAUUACAAGAGAUCUACUCCCAAUUCCGGUGCACUCCCAUAAUGACUAUUGGAGGGAGAGGCCUUUCUACACUGGAUUAUCAAAGGGCUGCACUUCAACCGAAGCUGAUGUCUGGCUAUACAAUGGAACCCUAUAUCAGAAGGUCGGGCACGAUCAAUCUGCCCUGACCCAUGAGCGGACACUUGAAGCCCUGUAUAUCAACCCGAUUCUAGACAUCCUAGAACGCCAGAAUCCAGAGAGCCCAUUUGUCACAUCGCCUACCAAGAAUGGCGUUUGGGACACCACGCCAGACCAGACACUUUACUUCUUCAUUGACGUCAAAACGUCAGGUCACGAGACAUUCCAAGCCGUCAUCGACGCUUUGAAACCUCUCCGUGAGAAAGGAUAUCUAACCACCGUCGAGGGUGGUAAGAAGUUGACCAAUGGACCCGUCACCGUUAUUGGCACUGGCGACACUCCGCUUGAUAUGGUCGCCCGUGUUGCAGACCGCGACUACUUCUUCGACGCGCCUCUAGCACAUCUGAAUGAUCCUAAGUACGCUGAUAUUACGGGCUUGAUAUCUCCUAUCGCGUCAACCAAUUUUGAAGAGGCCGUUGGCAAGAUCACCGUGGACACUGACCCAAUCCUCAACGUUGUUCAGCUCAAGGCUCUCCGGGAUCAGAUUGCUACCGCGACUAAGCGGGGUAUUGGUGCGAGGUAUUGGAACACACCCUCCUGGCCGGUCCGUCAGCGGAAUCUUGUCUGGAGAACGCUCUUGCGUGAGGGAGUGGCGCUACUGAAUGCCGAUGAUCUUGAUGCUGUGAUUGCGGAGUUUUAA